AUGAAACAAACUGAACCAAAAGAAGGACUAUUGUACUACCUAGGAAUGGAAAUUCAUCUGAAGCAAAAUGGUAUUAUGGUGACGCAACAAAAACAUACGAAUAAAGUUUUAAAUCGGUACGGAUUUAAUGAAGCAUAUCCUGUUAAAACCCCAAUAGAACCAGGAAUGUUAACUGAAAAACAUACAAAUGACGAACCUUUGAAGAACAAACACUAUCGUGAAGUGAUAGGUAGUUUAUUAUACUUAUCAACUAUAUCAAGACCUGACAUAAGCUUUACCAUAAAUUACCUGAGCAGACAAGUCAAUAAUCAAAAAAUUUCUCACUGGAAAAUGAUAGAACGUGUCUUAAGAUACUUAAAAGGAACAACAAAUUUUGGAAUACAUUUUGGUAACGAAGCAAAAUUAAAGGCCUAUGCAGAUUCAAAUUAUAGUGGAACCGAACCUGACAUGAUUUCAACGAGUGGAAUUCUUGUAUACUACAGUGGACCUAUAGUCUGGAUGGCCCAAAAGCAAAGUGUUGUGUCAAUUUCAUCAGCUGAAGCAGAAUAUCGUUCAGCAGCUAGUUGCAAACAAGAAGUUUGUUGGAUUCGAAGAAUCAUGCAAGAGCUCGGAAUAACUAUUAAAGAACCCACAAAAUUAUUCAUCGACAAUAAGGCAGCAAUUCACAUGCUGGAAAACGCAGAUGAAGGAAAAAUAACAAAAGCGAAGAAGCACAUUGAAAUACAGUGCGGUUCACAUGGUUAG